UCCAAAUCCUCAAGGAGGAGGAAGAGUUGGCUUUCAUAAUGGCCGAAACACGUCUAGUCUACUCUGCUGGACGGCGUGCGUUGGGUGUUUGAAUUCCGAUUAGUUGCCAUCUUUUGCUGUUCAGUUUUUUUGCAGAUUCAUCGUUGAGCCCGUUAGCGAGUGACAAUAGUCUUACUUUGUUCCAAGUCCAUUACACAGACUGGCAUAAACUAUGCAAGGCAAUUGAAAAGCUCUGUUUCUUUUCUAACCAGCCCUGGUGUGGGGCCUCGAUUCUCGUGGUACAGCAAGAAGUCCAACCGGCCGAAGAUUCACCCCUUUUCGUUUUCAAAUGUCUUUUCACAGCAAGCAAACGACUGAGGCGAAGAAGAAGGGCCUGGAUUUUGGUCGCUGCAAGCGCGUCAACCGCCGGAAAUGCAUGUGGGCUUAUCUAAUUGGACUGGGAGUUCUGGCUGUGAUCUUGAUGACAUCCCAUCUACCACGCUCUAGCCUUAAUCCGUCAACUUACGUCGAUAACGAUGACCAGUUCGAACGCGGGAUGUGGAGACGCCAUUUAUUGAUAAGUGAAGACAGUGAAGCAUCGUCUACAACGAAAACAGCAUCAACAACAGUAACAACAGCAACGCCUAGUUUGGACCCAUUUGCAGGAACCAAUUGCACUCCGCCGGCUAUUAAAGAGUUUCCGCGGCCAAUCAUCCCACAAUACGUGAGGGCCAAAGGCGGUCUCGUGGUCCACCUCCUCAUUUCAGCUUACAUGUUCCUAGGGCUGUCCAUAGUCUGCGAUGAUUAUUUCGUCCCUGCAUUGGAACGGAUGGUCGAGUCUCUUCACAUGUCGCAAGACGUGGCGGGAGCGACUUUCAUGGCAGCAGGGUCGUCGGCCCCCGAACUUGCCACUGCAAUCAUCGGUGUUUUCAUAGCUAAGGAUGAUAUAGGCAUCAGUGGCGUGAUCGGCUCUGCCGUCUUCAACAUAAUGUUCGUCAUUAGUGUUUGCGCUCUCUUUUCCGGAGGUGUCAUCUACCUCAAUUGGUGGCCGCUGGUCCGUGAUUGCAUCGCUUAUUUUGUCGCCAUUUUCGCUCUACUCUUCACCAUCUACAACGAAAUUGUCACAUGGUACGAGUCCACCAUUUUCCUCUUGCUUUAUGUGGCUUACUGCGUAAUGAUGUACUACAACUCUGAUCUGGAGCGAUGGGCCAACACCCUACCAAUUCCAAUUCCCGACUACGCCCGAAGACUUCCCGGUGGAGAAAACGCAUCGCUAAUGCCCUACAAGAAUCUUGACGUAGAGGGAGGUGGCCCCUCAGGAAAACUCUACACUGACGAAAAAUCUCCCGAUUCUGCCAAAUCUUCGAUUGACGGAAACGCUGUCGGCGUCGACCCUACUACGCUUAGCAAAAUUAAGGAAGAGGAAGCUGAACGGUUUUCGCCUUGGGACGCGCCGAUAGCAUUCCGCGAGCGAAUUGUGUGGGCUAUUUGCUUGCCAUUGCGUGCUGCUGCCUACUACACGAUGCCGAACUGCCGCUUGGAGAAGUGGGGCAGUUGGUUCCUCGUUUCUUUUUUUAUCAGCAUGUUAUGGAUCUCCAUCUUUUCUUACGUCAUGGUCUGGAUGAUUACCAUUAUUGGUUUCACGAUGGGAAUUCCAGAUACAGUGAUGGGCUUGACGUUUGUAGCUGCUGGUGUAAGUAUUCCCGAUAUCUUGACCAGUUUGGCUGUGGCAAGGGAAGGUUAUGGUGAUAUGGCUACGUCCAACGCUAUCGGUAGUAACGUUUUCGACAUUCUUAUUUGUUUGGGGCUACCCUGGUUUCUUCAAACAGCCGUUGUUAGUCCAGGAAGUGUCGUGCGAGUGAUCAGCAAAGGUUUGACGUAUUCCACGCUUUCAUUACUAUCAACGAUUGUUUUUCUACUGGGCGCCACGCAUCUCAAUGGAUGGAAAUUAGAUCGCAAAUACGGGGUGGCACUUUUAGGCUGGUAUUUCUUCUUCAUGAUCAUCGCUUCUAUGUACGAGAUGAACAUAUUCGGCUACUUUAAUCCACCAGAAUGUGACAGCGACUUCUGAGAAAUUAGGCACAUCGUUCUAGACCGCCAUCCCGGAUUUGCACAAAAAAAAGGCCCGUUUAUCUAUAGGAAUCAAAUAGUGAUUACCUGUAUUUAGCAGACGAUGAAGCUGAUUAUUGGUUUGCAUGUCACCAAUUUAUACAGUACUCCGAAUUCUUCAUCAGGCGCUACAGCUUUGGACCACGCAUCCGGAGUCGUCGUUGGAGCGCAAAUUUUAUAUUCUUCUAUUCCGUACGGAUAUAAUGGCAACGAUGUUUACCUUCACUAAAACAUACACUUGCAAUUCAUCUGUUUUUGUAGCACAAGCCCUAGUUUCUUAUGUUCACUAAUUGUUUCUCAAUAGUUAUCGUUCUUUUGUUUGUUUACAUACGAUAAGUAUCUUUGGUGUUUCGACGUGUGCCAAUGUAUUGAUGUUAAAAAAUUCAAAUUGCUUUCAAUUUUCCUCCAAUCCACUCCUUUUUUUUAUAAUUAUAUAAAUCAAUUGUCCAGUAUUAUUACGUUUUCUAAGCAUUCCACCUUGAAACCUUGUUAGUCGUAAUCAACAUGUCAGAUGAGGGGUUUUGUGAAAGACAAAAUUUAAAAAUGUUUAUUCCUACUUCAUUCAUCAUAAUUUAAUAUAAUGUUGUACGAA